CACGUUUUGCUCGGAGGCCAAAGCUCUGAAGAGAAGCAGAAGAGUUUCCCUAACGCAGCCCUCCACUACGUCCCGACCGAAAGGAGUCUCUUGCGACACAGCUGCAAAGUUCAGCUGCACCACUGAGCAAAGUCUAACCGGAGUCAAAUUCCUUGUCCCCGAGCCUCUUUUUGGGAAUCGACGUGCCAUCUCUUCCUUCUACCUUAGCACUCUUUCUCCACCUCCUGCUCCACCACCGGCCCUUGUUAAUUUCUGGCCAGGCGGCGCAGAUAAAAUGGGCCGUCUGAUCCCAGAGGACACGACCUGGUGUGAGCCGUCACCACGAUGACUGUCAAAAUACCGCCGCUUCUUCUGCUCGUCCUCCUGACACUAAUGACAGAUGUGUGUUCCCAAAGACCCAGUCAGAUUUACAUCAAGGCGGGUGAGUUGGUGGCGCUGCGGUGCCCUCUUGACAGAAGGUCUAAUCAUGGUGAAGCCAAAGUGAUCUGGACCAGUAACACCACGAGGAAGAUAGACCUGACAGACAGCAUGUCAUCAGCGGAGCAGAGGCAGAUGCAGGGAGUGUUGGUUCAUGGGAGAAGUCUUGUGAUCCUCAGCGUUUCUGUAAACCAUCAGGGGAAUUACGCCUGCUCUCUGGGGAAUUCCAGCAGACUUUUCCGGUUCAGGCUGACGGUAUACACGACACUGACCAAAGAGUAUGAAGACAAGACCACGUACACUAAGUCAUGUUAUACACAAAACUCCUGCACGUUGAAUUGCCCUGAUGUAAAUACACCGGCUGUCAAUACUCUGAAUAUUACAAGCAACGGCAUUAUAUGGCACAAGGAGGGUGUAUUAUUGCCAAGAGCUUAUUACUUUCCAAGUGUGAAGCAGGCUGACCAGGGUGUCUACACCUGUACCAGAUCGUACCUGUAUCAUGGUCAAAUCUAUAACAGGACUUUUACAGUGGUGCUCAAUGUCCAACCAAAGAAAAAAUUUCAAUCUGCAAAGAUCAUCUCACCAAAAACUGGGAAAGUGGAGGUAGAAUUGGGCUCCCCACUGGUGAUUGAUUGCGAAGCUGUUCUGUACUCGGAGUUCGAUGAGGUGUACUGGCGUAGUGGGACAUCAUUUCUGGAAACUAACGACAGCUUACCAGUUUUCUACAAUCUUACACGUCAAAAUAAUAAAGACGAGAUACACAUGAAAGUAUCUCUGAUCUUCAAGAAAGUGUCAGCAGAGGAUCUAUCAAAGAAUUACAGCUGUAGACUGGAGUCUGCAUAUGUAGCCCCAGGCUCUGUCACCAUCACCUUGGUCCAAAAACAGACUGGGACUCAACCCAACUUUAAUGGGUCGCCAUGUAAAGAGAGGUUUACAGCCAAUGUGUGUUCCCAAAGACCCAGUCAGAUUUACAUCAAGGCGGGUGAGUUGGUGGCGCUGCAGUGCCCUCUUGACAGAAGGUCUAAUCAUAGUGAAGCCAAAGUGGUCUGGACCAGUAACACCACGAGGAAGAUAGACCUGACAGACAGCAUGUCAUCAGCGGAGCAGAGGCAGAUGCAGGGAGUGUUGGUUCAUGGGAGAAGUCUUGUGAUCCUCAGCGUUUCUGUAAACCAUCAGGGGAAUUACGCCUGCUCUCUGGGGAAUUCCAGCAGACUUUUCCGGUUCGGGCUGACGGUGUACACGACGCUGACCAAAGAGUAUGAAGACAAUACCACGUACACUAAGUCAUGUUAUACACAAGACUCCUGCACGUUGAAUUGCCCUGAUGUAUGUACACCGGCUGUCAAUACUCUGAAUAUUACGAGGAAUGCCAUUAUAUGGCACAAGGAGGGUGUAUUAUUGCCAAGAGCUUAUUACUUUCCAAGUGUGAAGCAGGCUGACCAGGGUGUCUACACCUGUACCAGAUCGUACCUGUAUCAUGGUCAAAUCUAUAACAGGACUUUUACAGUGGUGCUCAAUGUCCAACCAAAGGAUAAAUUUAAGCAAUCUGCAAAGAUCAUCUCACCAAAAACUGGGAAAGUGGAGGUAGAAUUGGGCUCCCCACUGGUGAUUGAUUGCGAAGCUGUUCUGUACUCGGAGUUCGAUGAGGUGUACUGGCAUAGUGGGACAUCAUUUCUGGAAACUAACGACAGCUUACCAGUUUUCUACAAUUCCUCACGUCAAAAUAAUAAAGACGAGAUACACAUGAAAGUGUCUCUAGUCUUCAAAAAAGUGUCAGCAGAGGAUCUAUCAAAGAAUUACAGCUGUAGACUGGAGUCUACAUAUGUAGCCUCAGGCUCUGUCACCAUCACCUUGGUCCAAAAACCUUCUCCUCCUUCUCCUUCCUACAUUUCCUUGGGUGUUGGCAUCACGUGCACUGUGUUAGUGAUGGCUCUUACAGUGGUCAUCUAUGUGAAGUUCAAAAUUCACAUCACCCUUUUCCUGCGAGACACCCUUGGUUGCUAUCGUGGCACCUCAGAUGAAAAGAGCUACGAUGCUUUUCUGAUGUGUUACGAGAGCAACGCGAACGCAGGACUAAAUGAGCAUGACAGAAAAUGGCUGAUGACUGUUUUGGAAGAGACAUAUGGUUACAGCCUCUGUCUUUUUGAUCGUGAUGUCUUGCCAGGAAAUGCUGUUACGGACGCCGUGUUAGACUGCAUCAACCAGAGCCGGGCUGUGGUUUUGGUCCCCACCUCUUCGGAUUCUUGUCCAGGAUCUGGCCUGCUGAGUGCAAUCCACGCAGCCCUUGUGGAUCGUCAGACUCGCUUGGUUUUCAUCAAAACUGAGACGACAGAGGUGUUGAGAUCAAGUGCAUUACCAGAAACCUUACAGCUUCUGGCCGAGGCUGGAGAAUGUGUCACCUGGAAAGGUACAAGUUCCAUGUCGCCCUCCUCUUCCUUCUGUAAGCAGCUACGCUAUUACCUUCCUCCUCCAGAGGCAGUGCCGAAAAUAAAGCUUUUGCUUAGGACAAACUAGGAUGUUGCAUUAUGGUAAAGUGUUUAGCCAAGUCAGAAUUAUUAGCCUGUAUUGUAUCUGUUUUCAGGUCAUCUACAGCCUUUAUUCUGUGUUUUUAAUAAUGAAUUUGCAUUAACUUAAUUCAUUUUUCUUUAUAACAUCUUGAAUUGUCUGUGACUGUAAAGACAUAUAAUGUAAGCAUGACUAUAAAUGAAAAAUCACAUCAGUUGAUACACUGUUACUACUGGAAUAUGUCAAACAUGGGUAUUAUCAUCACAGAUGAAAUGUUUCUUUUUCCUUUUUCCUUUUUCCUUGCCAUUAUACAUUUCAUGACAUACAUUCAUGUGUAUGUGGGUUUUCUGUGGGAAAGUUCUUCCUGAGGUUAUUUUUGAACAUGCAACCUCUGCAGUAACUGUCAUUCUUUCUGUCAUCGUUCAUUUCCUGGUUGCUGUACCAUAAUAUGUGCUACUGCUAUGGCAAAAAAUAUCUUUGAAUUGUACUACAAACUAAAUUAUAGUACUUUACAUUAAUAUGUUUUAUGUCGAAUCUCCCUGUGAAUGAAUCCAGCCU